AGUGGGUGUUAAGGACGCGCGGGUGAAGAGCGCGUGACCAACCGCUGCCGUAAAGGGAGAUCUUAAUUUACACCCACCCAGUUUGUUGGCAACUUUUCUGGGAAAUAACGUAUUUAAGAAAUGAAUCCUGAAUCUGAUUGGAAUUGGCCUGUGUGUCCAAAAUGCAGCAAACCAUAUCAUAUGAAGACUCAUCUCAAGUUCUGCCACCCGACUUCAUCGGAGGCGAAUAUAACAAAUAUGCAUUUGUCUGCCAGACAGGAAAUCGUUCAUUUCAAAAACUGUCGUAUGAUCACAGAAAACACCGUGGUAGAGGCCGCUACAGAAGUUGGAUUCGAACUGGAUGCGUUGCCGAAAGUUGUUGCGUUGCUGAAGCAUUUUGGCCACCACAUUUCAAAGGAAACUGUAACCACAACCUCAAAAGGUUCCCCUGAAGCCAUAGAAUCACGAUCAGAAGAAGAACAAAUUACAUCAGACACUAAUCUAAAUCACGUUACUCCUCGAGACAGUACAAGUCCCAUCCCUCCUGAAGAACAUCAUUUAGAACAGUCAACAAGAACAAGAGGCAGUAAGCCUGAUGAAGAACGUGGAGGAACAAGAGCAACAAAGAGGAGUUCCAACCAAUGUGAAGACCAUUCAGCAGAGAAGUCAACAACAUCAAGAUGUUUUAACCAAGGUCCUUCAAACAGAGGACCAAGCUCAAAUAAUCCGCCAAGUGAAACCAUAAUGGACGAGGAAUCCCCAUUGUCUCACGCAGAGGACCUGGUCAUCAAUGGGCCGGAAGAUGACGAUGCUGACAUCAAUCUUCGAAAGAAACUGAAACGUAGUUUCCUGUAUAAGGCUUUCCCAUAUAAUGAACCUGUCAUGCAGUCAUUUAAGUCCUACUUGUGCCAGUUUAAGAAACACAGUGCACGGCAUGCAGUCAGGGUUGUUGCUCGUGUUUCGCGAUACUUCUUCUAUAUGCAGAAGAAAGCUUUUGGCGAAGUAUGGCCAAGUAAGUUUACGCUAAAGGUGCUAAAGCACAGGAACGACUCUGCAACUUACAUACAAGAGCUAUUUGAUGCGGGUAUUUCUUUAGAUGUAGUUAGAAGGUAUUUAGGAUCUUUAAAAUUAUUCAUGGAUUUUUUGGAAACUUUAUCUGAGGGCAUGCAAGUAGCAAGAGAUCUGAGGUAUUUUCGUGCGUCCAUAAAUAAGGUGAUACAAGAUGUAAGAAAUGGUCGCAGGAAGACUGUUCUUGAUUCCACGGAGGACAAAGGGGAUCUGUCUGUUGUACGUCAAGGGUACACUUCCUCUGAGGUGAAGCAGGAAGUUCACCGUAUCAUCCAAACUGCAAAAGAUGUUGACCUUAGUAUUUGGAGUGAAAGCACUUUGGGUCUGUCAAUCCUUGAACGACGCCUGGUCAUGAGAUACAUUGCUUGUGGGAUCAUUCAGCUUGGCUUAUUUCAUCGGCCAUGUGUACCUGUGGCUAUGAAAUUGUCAGAUUUCGAAGGAGCUAGAAAUGUUGGCGACAGAUACAUCAUCGUCGUGUAUGAAACCUCAUCGAUUCUGUGUUUAGACCUCGAAGAGUAUAACCUAUUCAAAGAUUACCGAAAAUAUAUCAGGGGGACGUUGCAAGAGGACAGCAACCCCCAGAUGUCAUCAUUCUUCAGAUUGCCGAAUGGGCAACCACUGGCGAAUCCUUUGAAGGAAUGCAGUCGUUUUCAGGCUUUCUUCGGCAUUGUCCGUUGCCUGGCAAGAGAUGGUGAGCGUCUAGGGUACACCGCCGUCAAUGCACGAAAUGCUUUGAAAUCUAUUAUGACAAAUGAGGUCUACAGACACCCUGAUUUCAAUCUGAUUUCAACCUACAUCGACCACUGUGAGAAGUUUAAGUCCCUAGGAACGGAGAAAGACGUCCUGAAAAUCCGAUUCAUCCUUGACCAGAUCACUGCAGCAAGUCUGAAGAAAAGCAAUAACCUCUAUUCAUUCUCAGCACCUGUCUCUCUACCCUUUAAGACAUGUCUACUGCGGAAGGUGUGUACGCCUACUGUCUCUGUGGAUGAGGAGAAAGAGAUUUCCGAGUCAUCAACAUCUCCACGGCAAUCAGCCCAGCCAACAGAUUCAUCAGGCGAUGAACAGACCCCAUUGUCAUCUCCCUUGAGGUCAGACCUGAUUCUUGGAAAUUCUGACAAACCUGAAAAAUCACCCAACAUGGAGGAAGAUUUCCAGGAGUCAUUUUUGCCGAUGUUGUUAUCAGAUGACGAGGGUGAGACGCAAGACCUGUCUUCUCCAUUGAUCAAGUAUGUCGGUGUUGUGAAAAAGGAUCCAGAACUGUUUACUAUAUCAACAGACUCAUCAGAUGACAUGGAGGAAAGCCAAAAUCUAUAUACACAUCCUCUACGGACAGACAAGACUUCGGGGACUGGUCAACCAACAAAUACAUCCGAUUCUGAUGAACAUUACUUUCAAAAGACAUCUACACCGUGUAUGUCACCGGGUGGAGAGGAGGAAAAGACAGAAGCAUCUUCUCCACUGAUCAAAUACAUUGGGCCUGAAGAGCAGAUCCCUGAGCUAUUUUCUUUGCCAACAGAUUUAACAGAUUCUGAGGAUCAUAUUUCAUGGCCGUUCGGUCGACCCGAAGAUUCAGUAGAUGACGAGAAACCAAUGACAUCAGACUCGAUAGAAAGCAAGGAUUGCUUUCGAAAAAUAUCUUCUCCAGACCACAGAGAUUCUCCAGAGAUGUUUAGUCCAGAUCUGGCGAAUUCAGAAGAUGCUGAGGAAAAUGCAGGACACUCUGUUCGUACAGAUUGUGUUGAUGGUUACAGCAAUGACAGCGCUAUCUUGAAUCUUAAAAUUGAUGUUAGCAGUGAUGGAGAUGAUGAGUCAGAACCGUCCCCACCACCGCCAAAGCGGGGCCGGAUGAUAGGGAACAGACAGGUUGAAGACAAGACAAGUGAAGGGUUGCCCGUUCCUUCCAUCACUGGACUUCGGGCAAAAUUCUGUGAGGAGUUUCCUCUCAGGCCAUACGGCCCUGUUCCUUCCGUGAAGGCGGUAACAGGUUUUCUAAGAGACCAUGGCGUAACCAAGGAUGUUGUUCAGGCAGCGUAUGCCGGGAACUACACGACCAUGUGGCGGGUCAAGCAGCGGGAAUUGGUUGUGUACCUCACCUUAAUGCAGUGGCCCAGAAAACCAUCCCUAGAGGAAGCUAAGCAGCUACUGAAGGAACUAAAUGUGAAACUACUCCCAUCGCGAGUAUUGAGCCUUUAUGAUGAUUUCCGCAGGAACUUGAAAUGCUCAUCUUUGUCAUAGACAUCUAGCAUUGACGGCAUUAGUCCAAGACGUGUUGCCUAGGGUACAGGCAUCUUGGAUUGACGGCAUUAUUCCAAGACGUGUUGCCUAGGGUACAGGCAUCUAGCAUUGCCGGCAUUAGUCCAAGACGUGUUGCCUAGGUUACAUACAUCUAGCAUUGACUGCAUUUGUCCGUGACGUGUUGCCUAGGUUACAGACAUCUUCCAUUGACUGCAUUAGUCCAUUGCAUGUUGCCUAGGUUACGGACAUCUUGUAUUGACUGCAUUAGUCAAUGGCGUGUUGCCUAAGUUACAGACAUCUAGCAUUGACUGCAUUAGUCCAUAACGUGUUGCCUGAUUACAGACAUUUUGGAUUGACUGAAUUAGUCCAUGGUGCGUUGCCUAAGUUACAGACAACUUUACAUUGACUGCAUUAGAUCAUUGCAUGUUGCCUAGGUUACAGACAUCAGCACUGACUGAAUUAGUCCAUGGCGUGUUGCCUAGGUUACAGACAUCUUUGAUUGAGUGUAUUAGUCCAUAGCGUUUCAUGGUUAGUCCGACUGCAUGUGUGGCAUCAGUCGAAGACGUUUUCCACAGAAACAGCCAUAUGCGGUUGCUGCGUCAGUCCAUGACGUAUGCUGCACAGAUAGAUCUACAAUCCUACAGCAUGUGUUG